UCUCUUCCUCUUCUCUUUUCUCCCUGCCAGAUACCGCGCUUCGCUUCUUCCCCUACACCACCUUUGCCUUCGUUGUGAUACCCGAGCUCUUCUAGCCCUGCGCUGAGGUUGCUCUUGUUUCUUUCUGUUGAGAUACCCCCUUAAGAUACCCAGCUCGACGUGACUUGCCUUUUACGAAGCUUCUUCGCUUCCGUACGAUUAUCUAAUCCCAUCAAUACCUGCUAUAAUUACCUUUUAAUCUACCAUCGACAUGUCUGACGCUCAGAAGCCUGUUGAGGAGACCCCUGUGGCCGCUCCUGCUGCUUCUGCCACCGAGACUCCUGCUGCUACUGAGGCCCCUGUUGCCACCGAGGCCCCCGCCACCGAAGCUCCCAAGGAGACCACCGCUGAGGGCACCGAGGGAGCUGUGGAGGCUGCCCCCGCUGCUACCGAGGAGGCCAAGGCUGAUGCUCCAGCUGAGGAGACCAAGGAAGAGGCUAAGGAGGUUGUCCCUGCCUCUGAGGGCACCCUUGGCUACAAGGCUCCUGGUCUGGUCAAGAGCCUUCGCUUCUCCAAGCGUUUCUUCUACUUCAGCGAUGAGGCUGUUGAGGCUAAGCAGCUCUCCGCCUACCGCAGCAACGAGAAGCCCGCUGUUGCCAACCCCAUUGUUGCCUGGGCCAGCCAAACCGGCAAGGGACUGCUCUUCUUCACCAAGCGCCCUGAGGACAAGGCUACUCCUGCUGGUAUCAUCAGCUUGGCCGACAUCUCUGACGUGACCAAGGAAGGCUCCAACGAGUUCCUCUUCAAGCUCAACGGCCACAAGCACACCUUCCAGGCCUCUACCACAGCCGAGCGUGACAGCUGGAUCGCUGCCCUCGAGGCCAAGUCCACCGAGGCCAAGGCCGAGAAGGAUACCAUCACCUCUAGCGAGGGUUACAAGGCUGAGCUUGAGAAGCUGAGCAAGCCUGCUGCUGUUGCUGCCAAGCCUGCCGAGACCAAGGAGGAGGCUAAGGAGGGAGAGGACAAGAAGGAGGAAGAGACUCCUGCUGCUGGUGCCGCUACUUCUUCUGCUACCGCCUCCGCUGAAGAGACCAAGGACAAGGACGCUAAGAGCCGCUCUCGUUCCCGCAAGAGGACUUCUAUUUUCGGCACUCUCCUUGGUAAGAAGGAUGAGGCUGAGGAAAAGAAGGAGGAAAAGAAGGAGGAGGAGGCGAAGCCUGCCGAGACCACCGAGACUCCUGCCGCCGAGGCCUCCGCUGUCACUGAGCCUGCCGCUACUGAGGCCCCUGCUGCUGCUACCGAGACUACCGACAAGAAGGAGGAGGAGAAGAAGGAAGAGAAAAAGGAGGAGACUGAGGCCGCUCCCGCGCCGAAGUCGAAGCGCUCUUCUCUGUUUGGUAACUUCUUCCAGAAGGUCACCAGCCCCUCUCAAGAGAAGACGGAGAAGGAAGCUGCUGCUCCUGCCGAACCUGCUCCUGUCGCUAGCACCGCUCCCCAGCUCGACAACCCUGUUGAGGAGGCUGCUAAGCCCAUCGAGCCUGAGAGCGUGACUGCCGCUCCCGAGGUUGAGGCUGCUAAGGACACUCCUGCUGAAUCUCCCGCCGAGACUCCUGCCGCUACCACCAAGGACAAGCGCCGCACGUCCUUCUUUGGCAGCUUUGGCAAGAAGAAGGCUGACUCUGGUGACGAGGCCGCUGAGGGUGAGGCUAAGCCCAAGAACAAGCUCGGAGGCCUUUUCCGCAAGCCCAGCAAGGCUGUGAAGUCCGAGGCUAAGGAGGCCAAGGAGACCACCGAGACUGGUGAGGCUGCUGAGCCUAAAACCGAGGCCGUUGCUGAGGCCACCCCUGCUGAGGAGUCUUCCAAGCCCGCUGAUGCUCCCGCCACCGAGGAGGCCAAGCCUGUCGUCUCCUCCACUGCCGCCCCCGUCCAGGCCGCUGCUUGAACUGCCCCAAAGUCGGUCGAAUUCGAGAAGUGGUGGGACAAACGGUAUGAGUUUUCCUGCGCUUCUGCAUCAUGAUCCAGAUGGGGGAAAAAAAAAAAAGCAAGAAGAAAAAAAAACAAAAAAUUUCAGAAUAUUUUUCAGCCGAUACUCGAAUUUUGUCUAGCUUAAUGUUGCCACUGUCACUCCGCUUGUCGCCAGGGCUUUGUGGGUUUGGCUCAUGCAACUGGAGUAUCAAUGAUACCCUCUGCUACUUUGACGGUCAAUUUCGUGGCUACUUAUGUUGUUGAUGAUAUCUGGAGUCACAGUCCAUUCCUUUAUGAUAUCCGAUCUCUCAGGGGAUACCCCUUUAGCCUGGGAGAUCAUGCGCCGUCGCACUAGAUUGAUACCACUUGCUGUUUAUAGUUUGCUUUGUGACUUGGUUGCCGUGGCCGUUGAUGCACUAUCGUGAUAUUGGGCUGCGAGAAGGGUGAUUUACCUGUUGAAUCUGGCUUAGUUUGGAUGCGCACUCGACUCAUUAGCCCUAUCAUGGAUCACCGUAGCUUGCUCGGUGGUCUGUCGAUUGGCAACAUAGGUAAUAGCUAAUAGAAUCAAUGCAAUGUUUGAUAGUUGUCUUUUUAUCAGUCUUGAACGAACCUUCUACCAGCGUAUCCUGUGUCUAAACGAUACACAUUAUCAAGAAUAACGUUCCAGUAGGUUGUGGGCACGAUCCGUGCACGGUGGGAAUAUUCUCCGAUUGAGUACCCUAGAGUAGACCCAUUGACGCCUUAUAAAUCAGGCUUUAAUGACAUUCGCACGGGCCAUAGUGCCCACUGCCUACGAAUCCAGAUCAAUAAAUCGUCCUCUAGUAUGUCGUUAACGGCAGAACUGAAUAAUUUCCUAAUGUUU